CUCAGUCAUCAGUUGAUUUCCACACACUGAUGUUGUGCAUUAAUAAUCUGCAGAUGUGUAAAGAUCUUCCUAACACUAAGAGCUGUUUAGGGUGAUGUACAUUUACUGUUGAUGAGUGUAGAAGUGAUGAUUAAUGCUGGAUUCUAGAUAGAUUUGAUGCUGAUGUGGCUCAGAAUGGCUCCUGCUCUUCAUCUGAUCUUUCUGCUCAUCAUUCACAGAGUGUCUGCUGCUGAUUGGGGUGUGAAUUACACUUCUUCACACAUCUGUGCACUACAGAACUCAACAAUGACAAUCAAUUGUAUUUAUAAGUAUCCAACUCCUGGAUAUCAGAUCGUGAAAGUGUACUGGACCAAAGACCUUGUGAAACAGGACAAUGAGUUUCCAGAUCUGUCUAAUAACUCUGAAUACAGUCAGAGGCUUCAGUAUCUGGGAGAUGAACAGCAGAACUGCACCGUCAGACUGAGUCAGGUGACAAAGACAGAUGAACAUGAGUAUAAUUUCAGAUUCAUUACUAAUAUAACAGGAGGAAGAUGGAUUGGUUAUCCAGGAGUACAUCUCUCUGUCACAGAUCUUCAGCUGGAGUCUCCUGAGAGAGUGACAGAGGGAGAUUCGGUCCGUCUGACAUGUAAAAGAAGCUGUAAUCUGACUGACACACCAACAUUCAUCUGGUACAGAAACUCACACACAUUGAUUAAUAUUGGAGAUGAACUCAACAUCAGGUCAGUCAGUAGAAGAGAAGCAGGCAAAUACAGCUGUGGUGUGCAGGAAUACGAUUAUAUCUCUCCUGCUGUUUAUCUGGAUGUCAGAUAUGCUCCAGAUACUCCUGUGAUCUCCAUCAAUAGAUCUGCUGUAAUAGUGGAGGGAGAUUCAGUGACUCUGAGCUGCAGCAGCGACUCAAACCCUCCUGCAGAAAUCAGCUGGUUUAAAGGAGAAACAUCUGUAGGAUCUGGAAGAAUCUUCAACAUCUCCAAGAUCAGCUCUGAUGACAGUGGAGAAUACAAGUGUAGAGCCAGAAAUGAACAUGGAGAGGAAUACUCUGAUCCUGUGACUUUAGAUGUCCAGUAUCCACCCAGGAACAUCUCAGUGUCCGUCAGUGGAUCUGCUGUAAUAAUGUCUGGAGAUUCAGUGACUCUGAGCUGCAGCAGCGACUCAAACCCUCCUGCAGAAAUCAGCUGGUUUAAAGGAGAAACAUCUGUAGGAUCUGGAAGAAUCUUCAACAUCUCCAAGAUCAGCUCUGAUGACAGUGGAGAAUACAAGUGUAGAGCCAGAAAUGAACAUGGAGAGAAAUGCUCUGAUCCUGUGACUUUAGAUGUGCAGUAUCCACCCAAGACAAUCUCAGUGUCCAUCAGUGGAUCUGAUGUAAUAAUGUCUGGAGAUUCAGUGAGUCUGAGCUGCAGCAGCGACUCAAACCCUCCUGCAGAUUUAUAUUGGUAUAAAGGAAAUAAAUAUCUGGAUUCUGGAAGAAUCUUCAGCAUCUCCAAGAUCAGCUCUGAUGACAGUGGAGAAUACAAGUGCAGAGCCAGAAAUGAACAUGGAGGGAAAUACUCUGUUACUGUGACUUUGAAUGUCCAGUAUCCUCCCAGGAACGUCUCAGUGUCCGUCACUGAUUCUGGUCAGCUUUGGUUUGAUUCAGUGAGUCUGAGCUGCAGCAGUGACUCAAACCCUCCUGCUCUGAACUUCAGCUGGUUUAAGGAGAAUCAAAGCUCAGCUGUUGGAUCUGGACAGAGUUUCAGUGCAGUACAGAGUGGACGCUUCUACUGUGAGGCUCACAAUCCACAUGGAGCUCAGAGAUCAGACGCCGUCACUGUCACUGUUCAACAACAUGCUGAGAGAAACAUCAUCAUCAUCACAGCGACAUCUGGAGGAAUAUUAAUCAUCGCCGUCGUCAUCAUGUUUGCAAUGUGA